GAGCCGACAUUACAGUUUCAUUACAAAAAUUCAAUUUCAUUACCAAACCCUAACCCUAACCACGGUCGACGCCGCCACGCCUCGGCAGACGCCGAAUCGCCGGUUGCGUGAUCCCCAAUACUAACCACCACGUGGACAAACGGUCUCGGAUCCCCAAUACUAAGCACAGGUAUAACUUUUAAUUGAAUUUCGGAGUGUAAUACAAUACACCACAUAUCUGCCUUUUUUGAGUGAGAAUGGGGAAGACAACGUACAAGAGGCUAAAGGGUAGCCAGAGCUUCAGACAGAGACUGGUAUUGGCUACGCUCGCCAAUACUCCCGUUCUUAUAGAGGACAUCCGUUCCGAGGAGACGUGGCCUGGCCUCCGCCCUCACGAGGUCUCCCUCCUCCGCCUCCUCGAGAAAGUCUGCGAUGAUUGUGUUGUUGAAAUCAAUGAAACGGGUUCAAAAAUGAAGUACAAACCGGGAACAGUGAUGGGAGGUAGAAAUUUAGUGCAUGACUGUGGUGUUAGUAGGUCUAUUGGGUAUUUCUUGGAGCCCCUGAUUGUAAUUGGGUUGUUUGCGAAGAAACCGAUUUCAAUAAUGCUCAAAGGAAUCACGAAUGAUUUUAAGGACCCAUGUGUUGAUACUUUCCGUUCAACUACCUUAUCCAUGUUGAAGCGCUUUGGAGUUCCUUCUGAAGGAUUGGGGCUGAAAAUAGAGAGUCGUGGAUCUCCACCUCAUGGUGGGGGACAAGUUUUUGUGACUAUUCCAGUUAUUGAUAAGUUAACGGCAGUUAAUUGGCUUGAUGAAGGAAUGGUUAAAAGGAUUAGAGGGGUCACCUACUCGACCAGAGUGUCUUCUCAGUUUGAAAAUACCAUGAUUCAUGCUGCUCGUGGAAUCUUCAAUCGUCUGCUUCCAGAUGUUCACAUCUUUACUGAUCAUAAAGCUGGUCCUCAUGCUGGAAAGUCACCUGGUUAUGGAAUUUCACUGGUUGCAGAAACUACUUCUGGUUGCUUCAUUUCUGCUGAUACUGCAGUAUCUCAUGCACAAGGAGAAGCAGGUGAAAUUGAUAAUGAUGAGAAGGAGGAGUUGACGCCGCCGGAGAAUGUUGGUGAGGAAAUUGCUUCAUUUCUUCUUGAAGAGAUUCAGAAAGGUGGGGUUGUGGACUCAACACACCAGGGUUUGUUAUUUCUUCUCUGUGCAUUGUGUGAACCAGAUGUUUCGAAGGUUCGUGUUGGAAAGCUGUCGCCAUAUGGAAUAGAAACACUCAGAAGCAUCAGAGAUUUCUUGGUGUACAUUUGACAUUGACCAGAUCCCAUCAACAGGGACAGUUAUACUAGAUGUGUGGAUGUGGAUAUAAGAACCUUGCUAGAAAGGUUUCAUGAUUAUUUCACAUAGCAGCAGAUGUUAUGAUUUUAUAGAGCAGAUGACAUGCUUCUUGCUUUGGAAAGUUAUUUCCAACAGCCUUAGAUGUUUCAAUGGGUGAUAUUAUGAUGCUCUUAUGCCUGUUGACUUGAAAUUUUGAUGUAUCAUGUCGACAGUGUAAUGAGAUAAAUUUUAGAAUGAUGGAGCUCCUAAUAUGAUUGGUGUUCCGGUCUUCGUUACUAUCAAA